GCGUCUGAGAGAAUGUGGCAGAUCAGGUUUUGACCUUCUGCUCCGACUGGUUCGACGCUUCCCAGCUGCUCUGAAUCAGAGUCGAAGUCUUUCUGCUGGAGAGGAAAUCAGGAAAUUAUCAGAUCACUCUUUCUUUAGAAUCUUUUUUGUUGUGGAGUCUCUGGGAAGCUGUCAGCGCCACCGCGUCUCCCGAGGCUGUUGCAUCACGGGGUGCGUUUGUUUCGAUCGCUGAGUCGUGAAUGAAGAACCCUGGUACACGAUGGCAGUGAAUCUGAGUAAGAACGGUCCGGCACUCAUGGACGCUUAUAAAGAAGUGGUGGACGGCAAAGUGGACACAAACUGGGCGCUGUUUACUUAUGAAGGGAACAACAAUGAUAUUCGUCUGGCACACAAGGGAGAUGGUGGAUUAGAGGAGAUGGUGGAGGAGCUGAACAGUGGGAAGGUGAUGUACGCUUUCUGUCGUGUCCAGGACCCCAACUCUGGUCUGCCCAAAUAUGUCCUCAUAAACUGGACAGGUGAAGGUGUGAAGGACUCCCGAAAAGGAGUUUGUGCCAACCAUGUGAGCUCAAUGGCCACCUUCCUGAGGGGAGCCCAUGUGACUAUCAACGCCCGCGGAGAUGAAGACGUGGAACCAGACGCCAUCCUGCAGAAAGUGUCCAAAGCGUCUGGAGCCAGCUUCAAUCUGCACAAGCAAACAGACAACAGAGACGCUCCCAGAGGACCCGUGGGUUCUGUGUAUCGUAAGACCAACGCUGUGGACGAAAUUCAACAAACCAAAAAGGACGACUUCUGGGUCCAAACUCAGAAGGAGGAAGAAGUCUGUCGACGGGAGGAGAAGAAACGAGCGCAGCUGGGCAGGGAAGAGCUGGAGAGGGAGAGGAGGGAGACGGACGAGAAGCAGGCGAAGGACAGGGAGAGGAAAACCCAGCAGAGAGCAGAGCAGAUCGAACAAGAGAAGGUUUAUCAGAAGAAAAGAGAAGAAGAGGAACGAGAGACGGAGCAGCAGCGACAGAACCAGCAGGAAAGUGGAACCAAGAAGUCGGGCAUCAACUCUGCUGCAUCAGUGCAGAAAGCUAACGAGGCCAAGUCUCUGAUUUCUCAGAGAUCUUUUAAUCCCAGAGACAUAUUCAAGCAGAAGGAGCAGAGCUUCGACAACGACAGACCUGCUGCGUCCAGACCAGGGAAGCUGCAGAGUCCCUUUUUGUCUCAGAAAUCCUUCGAGAGAAGUUCUCCGCUGCAGCUUCAGCGUCCACCUGCUCCAGCUGCCUCCUCGGUGACCGCACCUGUCUCACCUUUCCCGGCUUACUCCAUGCACCCCCUGUCUCCAGCCUCACCUGUCUCACCUUUCCCGGCUUACUCCAUGCACCCCCUGUCUCCAGCCUCACCUGUCUCAGCUUUCCCGGCUUACUCCAUGCACCCCCUGUCUCCCGCCUCCCCUGUGCUGUCUCAUUCCCCUGCUCCAGAUGUCUCCCCCACACCUCAGGAGACCCUGGGUUCACCUGUUCCAGCUGCAGACGUGGUGAACACAGAGGAGGAGGAAUGGUCGGAUGAGUUUGAAGACGUUGAUGAUGCUCCAGAGGAAACAGCAGCAGAGGAUCUGUACGAGGCUCCCGGCCGGACAGAGGACGACCUGUAUGAAGACGUGAACUUCUCAACUGCAGACUCACAGAGCAGCGGACAGAGCUUCAGUGCACGAGCUCUGUAUGACUACCAGGCUGUGGACGACACAGAGAUCACCUUUGACCCUGACGACAUUAUAACGGGGAUAGAGAUGUUGGACGAGGGCUGGUGGAGAGGGUACGGCCCUCACGGACACUGCGGCAUGUUUCCCGCUAAUUAUGUCGAGCGCAUCUAACUUUCAUCAUCACUCUCUUCAUGGUAACUCUAAUGAAACUGGAAAACUUCUGACACAGCUGACAGGAAGUGGAUUCAAAUAAUAAUUACUAAACAUUUACAUGAACAGUGUUGUAUUAAAGGUUUGUCUCUGUCAGUAUGUCCCCUUGUUUUACAUAACUGGAUUAACAGACAAUAAACU